AUGCGCAUACGACGAGCGUCGCCGCUGCUCUUGCUCCUCGCCCCAUCCUUAGCAGCGGCUGCAGACGUCCCCCUUUCGAAAGAAGGCGUCGAGGUGCUCAACAACGAUGAGAUGCUGGCUUUGAACCAUCCGCCACAAAGCGCCAAGCAAAAACCACUUGACCCGACCGAGGCGAACCCCGAUGCAAAGACGACGAGCACAGCGAGGCCCUACAAAGGGACAGAAGAUGCGCCAGUAGACGGCUUGGACGGGAAGCCACAUGCGGGACCAUGGGUCGACAGGAAGCCAGACAGCGCGGCAACCACUACAUCCAAGUCGCUGCCAACCUCCAUGAAGGAGUUUGAGAAGACAUCGGCCAAGGAGCGCUGGAAGCUGGAGGAUAUUCCGGAGAAGAACGACGGGGUGAUGGAUGAUGAGAAAAGGAUAGCACCGAAGAAGGGCACCACCGGUACUGAGGGUGGCAUCAGCGAGAAGACGAGGAAGGAGCAAGCCGGCGCAAAGGAGAACACACCCCAGAAGCCAAAGGCCGCACCACCCCUACCACAAAGUGAGGAGGAGCAUAUCGAGAAGGGCGAGAGAAAGACAUCUGCCAAAGAUGCCGUCGGCAGCAAGGACGCCGUGACAGGAGAGUACGUGGAGGGCAGCAAGAAGGGCGACGGCUACGGUGAGGCAGGCUAUGGCAUGGAGAAGCCUAAAGAUUUGCCUGAAAAGCCACACAAUAUUCCGCAUCCAAACCCGGGUGUUGCGACAUCUGACCUAGGUCCUCCGGUCAAUCCGGAUGGUGGCAGGGACAAAUGGCUUGUGGAUACGAUGCCUGACACCGAAGGCAAGACGAAUUCACGAUCCGCGAAACCCAAAUCCGAUUCCUCCUCGAGCCCUACCCCCGUCACUAGCAAAGGCGACGAGUCCUGGCACGAAUGGUUCCACUCCUUUGUCCUCUCAUUCGCCAUGAUCAUCUUCAGCGAGAUCGGCGACAAGACCUUCCUCGUCGCCGCCCUUAUGGCCAUGCGCCAUGCCCGAUUACUGGUCUUCAGCGCAGCUCUGGCGGCCCUGAUUGCGAUGACGGUCCUGUCUGCAGUGCUCGGCCACGCCUUCCCAACACUCCUCCCCAAGAAGUUCACAACAUUUGCAGCAGCAGUCCUCUUCUUCGUGUUUGGUGCUAAGAGCCUGAGAGAAGGUCUCGCCAUGCCCAAAGACGCAGGUAUGGGCGACGAGAUGCGAGAAGUCGAGGAAGAGCUGGAAGAGGAAGAGCAUAAGAUGCGAAGGAAGUCACACUCAAAGAUGUCGCCACACGAGCUGGAAUCCGGACGGGGGAGAUCCACAAGUCUAAACAAGGGUGGCAUACCCGACUCACCGCCAAUGUCACGAUCGCCCUCUCCGUCAAGGAGGAAGAGCACUGGACUGGCCGGUCUGCAGAACCUCCUCAGUCUGGUAUUGAGUCCAGCAUGGGUCUCAACAUUCGUGAUGACUUUCUUGGGAGAAUGGGGAGACCGAAGCCAGAUUGCAACGAUUGCCAUGGCAGCAGGACAGGACUACUGGCUCGUGACCAUUGGCGCGAUCGCAGGGCAUGCAUGCUGUACGGGAAUGGCUGUCCUCGGCGGGAAAGCACUAGCUGGCAAAGUCAGCAUGCGAGUCGUCACAAUCGGCGGCGCAAUAGCCUUCCUCGUCUUUGGCGUAAUCUACCUCAUCGAGUGCAUAGCCGAGUAA